AUGGCGUCUAUCACCCGUGCGUUGCGGCCUUUGUCGCGCACUGCUACCUCCGCCCGCCUUAUCACAAGACCGCCGUUGUCGACCAGGCUAGCUGUGAGCACCCAUGCGUUCUCCACCACCUCCCGCCGGCGGGAUGUCGAUCUGUCCGGACUGACGCCCACCCCGAUCACCUUCCUCUCCGAAACAGAGGCCCUCAUGUCCGAAUCCGUUUCCAAGUUUGCUCAGGAGCAAAUAUCCCCGAAAGUCAGAGACAUGGAUGAAGCGGAGACCAUGGACCCUGCCGUGGUCGAGCAACUCUUCGAACAAGGACUGAUGGGCGUCGAGAUCCCGGAGGAAUACGGCGGUGCGGGGAUGAACUUCACGGCGGCGAUUGUGGCGAUUGAGGAGCUGGCCCGCGUCGACCCCAGUGUCAGUGUUCUCGUAGACGUCCACAACACCCUCGUCAACACCUCCAUCAUGAAGUACGGUGACGCGCAGGCGAAACGCACAUGGCUGCCCAAGCUGGCUACUGGCACCGUCGGCUCGUUCUGUCUGUCGGAGCCGGCCUCCGGAUCAGACGCGUUCGCCCUGAAGACCAAAGCCGAGAAGACGGCCGAUGGGUAUAAGAUCAACGGAUCGAAGAUGUGGAUUACCAAUGCCAUGGAAUCUGGCGUGUUCCUUGUCUUUGCCAACCUUGACCCCAGCAAGGGCUACAAGGGUAUCACCGCCUUCAUUGUGGAGAAGGAUACCCCGGGAUUCUCCAUUGCGAAGAAGGAAAAGAAGCUGGGCAUCCGGGCCAGCAGCACCUGCGUGCUCAACUUCGACGACGUCCUGAUCCCCAAGAGCAACCUUCUUGGCGAAGAAGGCCAGGGAUACAAGUAUGCCAUUAGCAUUCUCAACGAGGGACGAAUUGGAAUUGCUGCCCAGAUGACCGGGUUGGCCCUCGGCGCCUGGGAGAAUGCUGCACAAUACAUCUGGAACGACCGACGCCAAUUCGGCCAACUGAUCGGCGAGUUCCAGGGCAUGCAGCACCAAGUGGCACAGGCGUACACUGAGAUCGCAGCCGCCCGCGCGCUGGUCUACAACGCGGCCCGCAAGAAGGAAGCGGGACAAGACUUCGUCCAAGAUGCCGCAAUGGCGAAGCUGUAUGCCUCGCAAGUUGCUGGCCGCGUGGCUGGCUCCGCAGUGGAGUGGAUGGGAGGCAUGGGCUUCGUGCGUGAAGGCAUCGCCGAGAAGAUGUUCAGGGAUAGCAAGAUCGGCGCCAUCUACGAGGGAACCAGCAACAUUCAGCUGCAGACGAUUGCCAAGUUGCUACAGAAGCAGUAUACUCGCUAA